AGUUGAAUUCUUUUCAAUAAGCAGAAUAUAGCGAAACACUUCCGAAGAAAAGUAAUUAAGGUGUUGAAUUGACAUGUGAACAAAUUCGAGCUUUCGUCGACGGACACAAUAAUCGUCGGCUUAAAGUUGCCAAAGGUUUAGUUCCUGGUCAACCAGGAGCAUCCAAUAUGGAAUUUAUGGUAUGGGACGAAGAACUUGCAGAAAAAGCCUCUAAAUGGGCCGAAAAGGAAGAGUUUAAACACAACCCUGAUAGAACUAUAGAUUCAAACAGGUGGAGUUUAGUUGGUGAAAACAUUUAUGAAUACAAUUAUUAUUCGAAUAUGGGAGAUGAACCAAAGAUUGACAUUGAGAAUACUUUGGACAACUGGUUUCAAGAACAUAAAUUCUAUAAUUUCGUGCCUUUCUUUUUGACUUCAAUCAACCCAUUCGGUCAUUAUACACAGAUGGUUUGGUCGAAUACUAAUCGUUUAGGAUGCGGUAUUUCACAAACUAAGACGCACAACCACAUUAAAACGUUAUUUGUAUGUGAUUAUGGCCCGACAGGUAAUUACUUCGAACAAAAACCUUAUAAAACCACCGGUGCUAUAGGACAACUUCUAUGCAGAGAUGGCAAAUGCGACAAGCCGUAUGGUCCGAAUUGCUAA